UGUUCCAAGGAUUCUGUUAUAUAAUAGUAGUAACCUAGGAGUCCUCACGCCCACGUCAGCAUUUCUAAGUCCUAAAGUAUGGUACGACGACGUAGUAGGACCUCACAGUUUUUGUCUUCCAUUGUCCCUGAUAAUUGCAUUAAUCUUCUCCUUAGCAGUCACCAGCAAUGGAAGAUUCAGGCUCUGAAGAAGACCAAAUCGCCAAUCAAACCACAGAAGAUAUCGAAACCGCGGCGAAAAGAUUGAAGACGUCUAACGGCACUCACAUACCAUAUGUAUCCGCAUCAACCACUUGCGGCUGCGAUGCGGCAGCUGCGGCGGAGAACUCAUUGUCUGCAAUGGAAAGGAUUUUAGGAUAUAACUUCCGGAACAAGGAUCUAUUGCAAGAGGCCUUGACCCAUUCUUCGUGGCCUUACUCGCGUUCCUACGAACGCCUCGAGUUUGUUGGUGAUGCCAUAAUCUGCGUUACGUUUUCGAUGUUUGUUUACCAUACUUAUCCUGAUCUCGAGCCUGGCCAACUGUCGCGGAUACGUGCAGCCAAUAUCAGUACUGAGAAACUUGCAAGAUUGGCUGUAAGACACGGGUUUCAUCAAUAUAUUCGGAUUAAUGCACCUGCUGUUGAGGCUAAGAUUGAGGAGUUUGCUUCGAAAGUCCGGCAUGAUGAUGCAGUCACGUACGGUGAUCGUUUGAAGGCACCAAAGCUGUUGGCAGACCUUGUUGAGUCCAUUGCUGCAGCUAUUUUUGUUGAUUGUAGUUGUGAUUUGAAAGAAUUCUGGUUGAUUUUCAGGAGUAUUCUUGAACCUAUCGCUAUGCUUGAAGACUUAAAGCAACAACCACAGCCGGUUAGCGUGCUGUACGAGUUAUGCCAAAAACAGAGAAAACAAGUGGAAAUCAAGUACAGGAAAAACGAUUCAGAAAACACCGCCUGUGUUUUUGUAGACGGGGAGUUUGUUGCUUGCGGAUAUUCAUGUCAAAAGGAUUCAGCAAAGAUUGAUGCUGCAAAACAGGCCGUGUCGAAGUUGACAGAAACCGCCAAUGGUAAAGAGAUGAUGAAGGGAAUUAUUGCCUCAACGUAUUCAAGUCAAAAGGAUUUACCAAGGAAUGGUGUAAAAGAGGCUAUGAAUAAAAUGACAGAAACCGUGGAUGACAAAAGUUUGUUGAACGGAAUUCCACUUGUACUCAACCAAGUUGGGGAGAUUGAAGUUGCAAAGCAGAAGCUGAAUCAGUUUUGUGAGAAGAAGCAGUUAGCCAAGCCAACUUAUAGGGUUGAAAAGGAAUCCGGGCCUGCUCAUGAAAGGAGAUUCAUAUGUUCUGUUCAAAUUGAUAUUGGUAGUGAGCCAUACGCGGUAUCAGGAAAGGAUAAGCCAAGAGUAAAGGAGGCAGAGAACUCUGCUGCUUCUACAAUGCUCCAGAUUUUACGAAGACAUCUAAUUUAGAGUGAAAAGGUAUGAGUGCAGCACUGCAUAUAACUGUCAAUUUCCCGCGAUAACUGUCAAGUAUAGUAUACUACCCCCGUCCCAUUUUAUUAGUCCCCUGUUCCAUGUUGAGAUCUACAAAAAUGUUAGUCCUAUCUGAAAAAUCAAAGAAAAAAAAGAUGUUUAGAUUUGGAAAAACUAACCGUCAUAAAUGGUUAAAAAUAAUUUUGAAAGUGAGAAUUAAAGGAGAAUAAUGGAAAUUGAAAUCAACUUUUUGAGGGGACAUGCAUUAUUCAUGUCCCCUUGAAGUUGAAAAUUCCAAAACGGACUAACAAAAUGGGACGGAGUAUUAUGCAUUAUACUAUACCACAGUGCAGCAGCAGCCUAGCCAUCGGAAGGGGAAGUGGUUACUACGUGGUGGUGCAGCCCUUAAUUGGUUGGAGCUGAAUAAAUCUUUUUUUGUUCAAUAAUUGUGCUUGGUAGUUUAUUUAUUUGUUUUCAUAUUAAGAUAGGAUUGGUUUACAUGAAGAUAUAGGUAUA